GUGUGUGUGUGUGCGGUCGUUUGGGUGUCGAUGCGCGCUUGGAAGAGCAGCAAGGAGCAUGGCCAAGCGGGCAUCGGUGGCCGUGAGCGUGGCGGCUGCCGGUGAGAUGGCUGUGACAAAUGGCCAGGCAGGUGUCGAGGGCGAAGAACAUGGCGCCAAGCGCGUCAAGAUGGCCGCGGCCGACACCACCAUCAAGCCCGAACCGGGCAACAACGUCUCAUUGACCUUCUCACAGCCGCCAACAAGUGCAGUGCAGUGCAGUGCAGUGCAGGUUGUGUUGGCGCCAAGGGGCAACUCUCUCUCUCUCUCUCUCUCUCUCUUUCUUUCUCUCUCUCUUUCUCCUCAUCUGCUUGGUCAAAUUGUGGUUCAUCAAGACGCGGGCGGUGUCUCCCUGGCUGCUGGCGAUGAACGCUCCAUGAAACUCUCAAAGCUCAGCACCCAAGAACAGCUCAUCUACGGCAUUAUCGAAGAUGCCGGCACCAAGGGUGUAUUUCACCAGGACCUCAAGCCGAAGAGUCACCUGGAUCCCCGGACCAUUAAUAAAAUUAUCAAGCGUCUCAAAUCUGAAAAGUACAUCAAGGAAGCCAGCUCCAUCAAGAGUGGCAAGAAGCGUCUCUACAUUCUGGCCGAGCUGGAAGUGGACACGGAGCACUCGGGCGGGCCUUGGUAUGCUGGCCAGGAUUUCGAUGGACAGUUUGUCGACAUUAUGCGUCGCAUUUGCAUCAAGCAACUUCAGGAGCGCCUUAACCGACCCUACGAUAGCCCGCUACACAAGUACCAAUCCUCAUGGUUGACGGCGCAAGAGAUUCUUGAUUUCAUCGCCAACAGCAAAAUUGCCCAGCAAGACCUCAGCGUCGGUGACAUGGAAAAGCUUUUGGAGACGUUGGUCUAUGAUCGCAUGGCCAUUCGUGGGACACGCGCGGGGCGACGGGCCUAUCGCCUUACCAAAAUUCCACUGCCACGAUCGGCCGUUCAUACUGCCCCUUGUGGUCACUGCAAGGAGACGAAACAAGUGACAAUACCUCAACCUUUUCGGUUUCUUUUGUUUGAUUUGAACGUGGCACACACACCACACACACACACACAGUCACACGUCACUACAGCUUCAUCUCAAACCCAGACUAACUCUCUGAAACCGACGUGUGUGUGUCUCUCUCUCUCUCUCUCUCUCUCUCUCUCUCUCUCUCUCUCUCUCUCUCUCUCUCUCUCUCUCUCUCUCUCUCUCUCUUCUCUCUCUCUCUCUCUCUCUCUCUCUCUCUCUCUCUCUCUCUCACUCAUUCAACAACUGACGAGAUGA